AAAAAUUUCUUUACAUACCCUCAACUCUCCUUUCCCCAUAUCUCUCUUUGUGGUCUAGAUAGACUCUUCUCACCAUUUCCAAUCACUAACAACCUCAAAAAAACAAAAAACACACACACAAACACUAAACAUCACAAUACCAUGCUUGAAUAAAAUCUCUUCACUUUGUUGUUUCAUAAUUUAUAAUUCCACACCAUGAAUAGUAAUCCAAAUACUUCAACCAGACAUGUAUCAGAUGAAAACCAAGAAGAUGAACAAUUCACUGAAAUCAGAGAAAUCCAUGCUUUAACACCACCACGACUUCCACCACCUCCACCGUCAACCAACGGUGGCCAUAACCACCGUUCAUCUUCUUUAUCCAUUACCAGCAGCACAGAUAGUGAAAACUUCACAACUAUAAGCAGAGAAUUCAAUGCUUUGGUUCUAGCAGGAUCAACUAUUGAUCACAACAACAAUAUAACUCCUCAAUCUCAUCCUCAUGAUCAUUAUGAAACCAGUAACAACAACAACAGCAGCAACAACAGCAAUAACAAUAAUUUGGGGAGGAUUAGAGAAGAAGAUAUGAUGGAGGAAACAAACCCUUUGGCUAUUGUACUUGAUAACAACCCUUUAGAUCCUGUUCAAUCUCCUACUACCAGAAGAGUCGUGGCUGGCGGCAGCGGCAACGGCGGUGGUGGUACACGUGUCGGCAGUGAAGACCAACACGUGUCGGUUGAUAAAGUGAAGAAGGAGGAAGUUGAUGCAAAGAUAUCAGCUUGGCAGAACGCGAAAGUUGCGAAGAUUAAUAACAGGUUUAAGAGGGAAGAUGCUGUGAUCAAUGGCUGGGAAGGUGAACAGGUUCAAAAAGCUACUACUUGGUUGAAAAAAAUUGAGAGAAAGCUAGAGGAGAAAAGAGCAAAAGCAUUGGAGAAAACACAAAACAAAAUAGCAAAAGCUCAUAGAAAAGCAGAAGAGAGGAAAGCAUCAGCAGAGGCAAAAAGAGGAACCAAAGUGGCUAGAGUUCUUGAAAUUGCUAACCUUAUGAGAGCAGUUGGAAGACCUCCAGCCAAAAAAUCUUUUUUCUAAGUUUGUUUUUCAUAUUUUAAUUUUUGAAAAAUACUUAAUUUAGACCAAAAAAAAAAAGGGGGAAAAAAAACUCUUCCUUUUUAAUUAGUUAAGGUGCAAAAGGGAUUGCAAUGAGCAGUAUAUAAAAUUAGGAAGAUAAAGAGAUGUGUAUCAUAUAAUAUAUAGUUCAUGAAAACCAAUUGGAGUGUUUAUAUGUGAUUAAUUUGUUUGAAUGUGGUGAGUAUAUUGAGUGGUGUGGUGGUGACAUGAUCAUUUGAUCAUUGUGGUUGUUACACACUUUGGUGUUUUUUGUACAUUAGUUUUAAUUUAAUACUUCUUGGAAAAUAUUUGCUUC